CACAGUGAGUUGGCCUUGGGAAACAGAAAAUGAAGAGGGGAAGUCCUCAUGCAUACAACCAGCUAGCCGGAUCUGCCGUUAUUGCAUUUGGACUAUGGUUUCGAUUUGGAGGUACCAUAAAGGAUUUAUCAUCAGAAGACAAGUCCCCAGAGUAUGUCUAUGUGGGGCUGUAUGUGCUGGUUGGAGCUGGGGCCCUGAUGAUGGCUGUGGGUUUCUUCGGGUGCUGUGGAGCCAUGCGUGAGUCACAGUGUGUGCUCGGAUCAUUUUUUACCUGUCUUCUGGUGAUUUUUGCUGCUGAAGUAACCACUGGAGUAUUUGCAUUUAUAGGCAAGGAUGUAGCUAUACGACAUGUACAGACCAUGUAUGAGGAGGCGUACAGCGAUUACCUUAAAGACAGGGGAAGAGGAAAUGGAACUCUCAUUACCUUCCACUCAGCAUUUCAGUGCUGUGGAAAAGAAAGCUCUGAACAAGUCCAGCCCACAUGCCCAAAGGAGCUUCCAGGCCACAAGAAUUGCAUCGACAAAAUUGAAACCAUUAUCAGCGCUAAGCUCCAGCUCAUUGGAAUUGUUGGGAUUGGGAUUGCGGGUCUCACGAUCUUUGGCAUGAUAUUCAGCAUGGUGCUUUGCUGUGCAAUACGGAACUCACGCGAUGUGAUUUGAAGAGACUUCAUCAUGAAAACUGCAGUCUAGAGUUUUCGUGCUAAUUAUCACAAGAGCUCUCUCAGCUCAUUUUUAAUUAUUCAGGAUAUUAGAAGCUAAAAUAACUUUCUGUCAAGUGUAUAUUUGCACAUGUAUGUAUGUAUGUCUGGCUCAUUACUGAUUUGCCUCUUGAGUGAAUGUGCGUUUGUAGUAUAUGCAUUGCACAUACUGAUAUCUGUUUCCUGGGAAACCCUAGUUCCUGUAUGCAAGAAUAACCUAUGUAAGUACCAGAAAAAAAGCAAUGAGAGAUGUCUGAAACUCAGCUAUUCAGGAAAUGUAAUAAUGGGUCCAUUUCUCAGAUUUUAGCCAUGAAAAUUACAUACAUAAAGAGAAUGCAGGAUUUCUAGUUAAUGGAAGCAAUAAGAUAUAAGAAUUGAAGGGCCAUAGAUUGACUGUGUCUGAGUUGAGUGUAAAGGGUUCUUUGAAAAAAAAAAAAUAUAUAUAUAUAUAUAUAUAUAUAUAUAUAUAUAUAUAUUCUCCCCAGAAUACAGUAAACCACAGUUUCAGAACUAAACACAUCUGUAAAAGUAAAUACAGCAUGGAAAAAUCUAAUUUGAAAAAGUCAUGCUUUCUUAGCAUUUAAAAACAGAAAACCCCUCUCUGGAAAAAGAAGUCACAUAGACAAGCAUGUGCCCCAUAAAAGUGAGUACUUUUAGGACUAAAAAUAACAACUUUUAAGGGGGAAGGAAAAACGUUGUUAUACAACGACAUGUAAAUGUUGCUUCAUCCCUCUUCUCUCCCUUCUUUGAACUGCUGGAAGCCUCACCUUCCCACAAGGCUUUUCCCUCACCCUCCUUACUGCUUCUUCAGAUGUGGUGACAGAGGAAAGCAGGAACCGUGCAGCGUGACAGAGGGGAACUCUCGCUGGCACUGUACCUCUGGAAUACCUCAUGACUUGAGUUUACAUACUUUUCUCAUUUUUCCCCAUUUUUCUUAUUUAUCUGUGCAGAGAAUUCUUCAUAGAUUAAGAAUACACUUUUAUCCUUUAAAAUAAAAAAAAUCCCCCAUAACUCAGAUAUUAUGUAUGAGUACCCUGCUAAAUCAAGAUAAACACCUUCUUCAAUAUGUAUACACACAACAAAGGCAAGUUAAUGAAUCAAAAAUACUUUCAUGCAUACAGUUUUGGCACAAAUAUAUUCUUUCUCAGUAAAUCCCUGUGGGAAUAAAUAAAUGCUCAGGUUCUUUGGAAGCCUGAGUGAUUGAUUUUAAGUGGAAAACCCGGCCACUACUCAGCCUUUUGGCUGCAAGUAGGAAAACCCACAGCAGGGUCUGAAUUGCUGUAUUUGUCAUACCCUUAUGACAAGGGAACAGCUUGUUAAAGGCUAUAAGUUUGUGGAUUCUUAGGGUUGUGUUUGACCACACAAAAGUGAAGGUGUGAGGGAUUCUGGAAACCGUCAGGAUAGUUUCUGUGCCUGCUAAGAACAUAAGACUUUGGUAUGUGCUAGAACAAAGUGCCAUGCUUCAGGAAACUUUUACAAAGUGUUUUGCUGAGGACACACAACUGCUGGGAUGUCUCACCCACAGAGCGCCACCUCUCUCUUUUCAGAUAUUCUUGCUACUGCUACUAGCUUCGGAGAGAAAACUGAGGGAGAUAUAAGUGUAACUGUGUAUGACUACUUUACCUAUGUAUGCAAAAGAGAAUUUAAAAAAAAAAUCACUUUGUGAUGUUUCUACCCCAGUGGUUGAGAAACGCCAGCUCUGUAAGCAAACAAAGAGCAAUCAGUCUUUCCUAUAGCUUUAGUUUCUCCGUCUUCCUGAAGACAGAGAACAGGCUCAAGUGUGUACUCAGGUGCCUCCAGCUCAGAGUUAUUUCCUGUUCCUCAGAAGUGAGUUUCAUUCCCUAGAUGAGUGAAUAAGUUUAAAGAAAACCACAGUAACUAUAGACAGAAGAAUAAAAUAAUUUUUUAACACAGAGGAAUAAGUCUAGAAAUCCGUGUCAUGUGUACCUCUUUGAGGGUUAAGCUUUCCAAAGAAUGUGCUGGGUAAAACUAGAGAAUUCCAUCUCUGAGUAAAGAUGGAUAUAUAUCUUUAUGUGAAUGGAUAAAGCUAUAUCUAUAGAGAUAUAUAACCCUAUGUCCUGAACCUAUACAUAUCUUAAGUACAUAUCUCUUAAGGAUAUAUACAUAUGUAAUUUAAUACAUGUGUACCUGUUUGAAACUAUGGAGAUAAAUGUUUGUAUACAUACACAUGUACAUGUAUAUACAUUUACAGUUAUUUCUGUUUAUCUGAACUAAUUUGAGAACAGACCCAAACAUUUUAAGUUAUUUUAAAUUAAAAUUUCUAUGUACUUACACUACUUGAGUUAUCUUAAAAUCCUAAUAUAUCUUCUUAACACAUUCACACGACUUAUUUAAAUGUGUUACCUACCAGUUUAACCAAACAAUAUAGUAAAAACAGACUGGUGAUCCUUCCAUGAUGUUAUUGUGUGGUGGGUUCAAAAGCAACACCCCUGGGGUUCUGAUUACAUAUAGUUGUGUUUUAGCUAACACCAGUUCACCCAAACUGUUCCUUCUUCUUCCAGAAAAACUUGGUUAUCUGUGGCUUAGCCUGUCGAGUUAAUCCUGGGUCCAAUGUGGUCCUCCUGUACCAACAGCCAUCCUUUCCUUCUGAGAAUCUCAUCUAUGUAGAUGGGUGAGAGUGAGACUCAGAGAGAGAUGAUAAUAAUCUCAAUAAUAAUCAAUAAAGAAGAUAGCAUGUUCUCCCUUCUGAAAUAAGUUUACCAAAUAUUCAAAGGGUAUUCACUCUCUUGUCAUUGGUAAAGGUGGCUUCUAUGGCCCAGAGGCCAGCCACUAGUACUCCCCACAGCCCAGCUUUCAAGGCCCAAUUGACAUGCUCUUGAACACCAAGCCCGUUUCCCCAUACCCAGGAAAGAGCAAUUUAUGUCUCUUGAAGGUAGAAACAGCUUAAACUCAUCUGAAUCAAUUUGGGUUUUGUGUGUAUUUUAAGACAGAAGAUUUUCUAUUUUCUUUAAACAUCCUUCAAUUUUUUUUUUUUUUUACUUUAAAGGUAUUUUGUAUAUAGAUGUUUUUUUAAAGUGAAAAUACUACAGCAAUACAAAAUGUUAUUGUUUGGUGUCCUUAUAACAACCAAGGGAUUCACAGAUCAGAUGCUGUCCCCUGGAAACAGGGAAAACACAGCAGAUACAAGUAACAGGUCCUGUGCAUCCCAAAGCUUGGCUUCAGAAACUGCUGAGUUGAUAUGACAGAAACCUUUUUUGUGUUUUGUGAUGUUUUUCCUGUAUAUUUUAUGAUUUCUUUUACUUCUAUUAAACAGCAAAAAAUUAAAGAAAUUUAAAUUGCAUGUUAAUUAUUAAAUAAGUCAAUAACUGAUAUAUGAAUACAUACAAUACCUAGGAACUACUG